CGUCCCCUCCGCGCCGCCGCUGGAGUUAGCUAGGAGCCGGAGGAAGGUCUAUCUGUCGUGACAGCCCGUUCUCCUCAACUUUUCCAAGUGUACUCUGUGCCUGAAAGAAGGAGAGAGUGUUUCAUCUGUGUUUUCGAUGCAUGGGAGUGCCCUGGGAGCGGCGAAGGGAGAAGACAGCGCUGGUGGUCCUGACUGUUCAGCAGGAUGAGUGAGGCAGACGGACAGUUUUACAGUGUUCAGGUGGGGGACUCCACCUUCACCGUACUCAAGCGUUACCAGCAGCUCCGUGCCAUCGGCUCCGGGGCCCAGGGCAUCGUCUGCUCUGCUCUAGAUACAGACCUUGGUAUACCAGUGGCAGUGAAAAAGCUGUGUCGGCCCUUCCAGAACCAGACCCAUGCUAAGCGUGCCUACAGGGAGCUGGUGCUGCUCAAAUGUGUCAAUCACAAAAAUAUCAUCCGUCUGAUCAAUGUGUUCACGCCUCAGAAGUCCCUGGAGGAAUUCCAGGACCUGUAUCUGGUGAUGGAGUUGAUGGAUGCCAGCCUAUGCCAGGUGAUCCACAUGGACCUGGACCAUGAGAGGAUGUCCUAUCUGCUCUACCAGAUCCUCUGUGGCAUCAGGCACCUGCACUCGGCUGGCAUCAUCCACAGGGACCUGAAGCCCAGUAACAUUGUGGUGAAGUCAGAUUGCACUCUAAAGAUUUUGGAUUUUGGCCUGGCCCGGACGGCCUGCACCAAUUUCAUGAUGACCCCCUACGUGGUGACCAGAUACUACCGCGCCCCAGAGGUCAUACUGGGCAUGAAGUAUAAAGAGAAUGUGGACAUCUGGUCAGUGGGGUGCAUCAUGGGAGAGAUGGUGAAGGGCAGCGUCAUCUUCCAGGGCACCGACCACAUCGACCAGUGGAAUAAGGUGAUUGAGGUUCUGGGCACGCCAAGUCUGGAGUUUAUGAACCGGCUGAUGGAGACCGUGAGGAACUAUGUGAUGAACAAGCCGCAGUAUCCUGGAGUGAGCUUUGCUGAGCUUUUCCCAGACUGGGCCUUCCCUUCUGACUCAGAACAUGACAAACUAAAAACGGGUCAAGCACGGGACCUGCUGUCCAAAAUGCUGGUCAUUGAUCCUGAAUGCCGCAUCUCCGUUGAAGAAGCCCUCAAUCAUCCGUACAUUCACGUGUGGUACGACCCUGGAGAGGCCGACGCGCCUCCUCCCCAGAUUUCAGAUAAGCAGCUGGAAGAGAGAGAGCACUCCAUCGAGCAGUGGAAAGAACUCAUUUACGAAGAGGUGAUUGACUGGGAAGAGAGGAACAAGAAUGGACUGAUGAAAGAAGACUGCUCAGAUGUGGUGUCAGGUUCAGCAUCCCAAUCAUCAUCAGCCAACGACAUCUCGUCCAUGUCCACGGAGCACACCUUAGCCUCGGACACAGACAGCAGCAGCAUCGACACACUGACGGGACCGCUGGACGAGAGUCAGUGAACACAGUCCGUGGCCACGUGUGUCUGCCUGCCUCAGUCCUCCCUCCGAUUUACAGUUUCCAAAUAUCACCUUCUUUUCUUCUCUUUACUCCAUAAGACCCCUAUUUUCUCGUUUGAUUGUUUUUUCUCCCUUUUUCGUCCUGUGUUUUUCCUCUGUCCUCUUUAACCUCAACGAAUAGGUCUAUUUUUCUAUUUUCUUUCCGUGUGUGAUGUUGUGGAUCUUGUUGAACCUCUUCAACGUCAAACGCUGUUUUGGACUGCCACCGAGAGGUCAAAGCUGUCUAUUCUGUCAUUUGGGUCAAAGGUUUAUCGUUCUCUUUUUUUGUGGAUUUUGUUUACCUUGAUCAAGUAUAUAUGGUGUAUGCAUCCAUGUUGAUUUUCAGGUUACAAGGAGUGGGUUGGGGAUUGUUGUUUGUUCCAUAUGCCUGUAUUUUAAUAGUUUUAUUUUUUUAGCAAGUAUUACGUUGAGUCCAGAGGUUAUCAAAUUAGAGCAGACGCGCACUGAACAUAGACCACAGCUGCCAGCUGCUCUCAUGCAUGUUAUGCCAAUAAGAACAAAAGCUCAUCAUAAGUCGAUGGCACCAACCGUUUAAUGUCCAUAUGAUGAUCAAACACUCAUCCAAAGUUUGAUCGAUCCUUUAGCUAGCUCGCAGUACUGCAAUUCUCCAGUUUGUUUUUUUAAUUAUUUGCCUUGAGUGAUGUGGAUUUUGGGCUUGUCCUCCUGACAGCUAGGUGAAGCUGUGGUUGCAGUGUUACAUUUUUAUUUCCUGAUAUAAUGUACUGUAUGUAAAGAUGUCAUGAUCUGACACUCAUAGUGGCUGUAGACCAUUUCAUUACAAAUAGAUGAGGUGUGCUCAUUUUGUUAAGAAAUUACCUGCAGAACUAUAUAUCGCACCCCACUGGACAAAAGGUACCGACUAACAAUGUGUAUAUCAAAAGAACAUCAUAAUCCUGUAAAUUCGGGAGAGGCAAAAAAAAUACAUGUAUUUAUUUUUGUGUCCUUGCAAAAUGUUGCACACAAUCACACCGAGGCCUGUGUAAAAUAAGCCUCUUGUCGAAGCAUUUCAUUGACAAAUCGAUGCAUUGGCUGCUCCUUUUCUAAACCAUUCCAUCAGUACUGGAAAAGUCACCGAAUUCAUCACAAAUAAGACAUCAUAUAGAACACAUGUAAAGGCAGUAAAACACAUAAUGGUGUUUAACUUGCAUGAAGGCGCUUAAGAUGCCAAUAAGAUACAGUAGUUCUUGUUAUAAAGACAAAUCCGUUCAGGUCCAUUUCUUUUACUUACAGUACCUUGAUGUUCUUGGUUCUGAAAGCCUGUUUGCAGAUGCAGAUGGGUUUUUUUUGUU